AAACCAGAGGGGGAAAAAGCGCUCUCCACUCCAACUCGCGACCCGCGUCGUCUCCCUGAUGCUCGGGGGAGAACCCUAGCCGCCGCUCCUGCCUUCCCCUCCUCCUCACGGGCGGAUUCUUGGCCAGGGGAGGCGCGGGACCGAUGGCGAAUGUGAGCUCUCCUCACUGGCGGCGGCAACCUAGCUAGGAGGCCCCCGGUGCCGUGGCCUGUGCCUCUGCGCGCCCGGCCGAUUGCUGUCCUUGGAGGCGCACACCACUACGCAGCAGCGCGCCAAGCGGACCCUAUUAGCCGGACUGUUGCAGCCGCCCAGUCUGCCCAGGCGCUCCGGUGCCGUGGCCUGCCUCUGCCCGCCCGCCUGGCUGCUGUCGCACAUGCGCGCACCACCGGCCAGCAGCGCGCCGAGCCGCCACUCUUUGCCGGACUGCUGGAGCCUCCCAGUCCGCUCAGGCGCGCUGCUGCGGCUGUGCCCGUUGCCUUCUUUCGAGAGACGUACCUCAUGCCCUGAUCCCCCAUUCCCCCAUGGACCCGGAAGCUCCUCCUGUUCUUCACCCUACUUCGAUUCAGUGGAGUCUCGAGACUGCAGGCAUGCGGCAGCCCCGGUUUCACAGGAGUCAGGCAGCCAUGUGCACGUCAACAGCGGCGCGUACAGCCGGUGGACGCUUGGGUCGUUCGUCAACAGUGAAUCCCAUAACCAAUCUUCAAACAUGAUGAAACCAUAUCCAGUGAUGCACUAUGAAGUAAGUUAUCCGCCCCCCACAAAGACCCGUCAAACCUGCAAAGGAUGACAGUGUGGACUUGGGCUUUUUGGAUGGAACAAAGAGUUGACCGAAACCGACACCAUUUAUUAUUAUGGAUGUAUGAGCCAUCUUACUGUAGGCGGUGGACCUUUUCUCGGAAGCACAACUUACUUUAUUUUAUGAUUUAUGUGUGUGUGUAAUCUCCAAUUUCGUUUGCAGGUAUACCAUUACUCUUCUCACGGUCUUGCAGAUGCACCACAUGUAGCUUUUCAGCCUUGCAAUUUAGAGAUUUUGAUUGAUACAUGCAUAUUGUUGGGCAGCCGCUCCUGAUCUGUUGUUGGGUGGCUGGCAUCCUUCAUGUUCUUGCCCAAAUUCAGAUUGGGGUGGUUUGGUUGUGGUGAUCAAGAUCAGGUCGGCCGAUGGUGGUAGUUGCAAACCUGUAGUGGCCCACCAUGGCUCCACGAUGUUGAAGGUCAGAUGCGGCGGGGUUCAUCCCUCCAGAUCUAAUGGUUGACUUCAGCAUGAGAUGCAGACUAAGAACGACCACUUGACGCAGAGGGAUGGUUAUGUGUAGCGGUGGCGGUUGCAAAUCUCAUGCAGCUACUGGGAUCAUGGAGAAGUCCUGGCAAUAACACAUGAGAGGCCCAGAUGAUGGUGAUACUUGUGCAUCCGGUCUCGAGUUUCGGGGUGAAGAGUCUAGGUCUGACCCAAGGUCGUCAUACCUAGCAAUGGCGGGGUGCAGACUAAGAACGACCACUUGACGCAGAGGGAUGGUUGUCUCAAAAGAAUGACAUGAUGUGGUCUCCACUCCGUGGGGUGAGAAAUGAGACUUUGUUCCUUCCAGUUUCGAAAAAAGCUAUUGGUCAAUCCUUAUUUACCAAACCUAGGUAGUUUCCACUUGCAUUUGCAUUCAUAAAGACACAAGUACAUAGUGCAAUUGGCGAUCAAUUAUUUGUCGAUUACUUCGUUAAGAACAACCCUGCAUAACUGUAAAUUAAUUUAUGUGGGAGGGAGCCAAAAUAUA